AUGGCUUUCGAUGCAGUUAAUAAGUCAAAUGCAUCAUCAAUAGAUGAGUUUGAGAAUUUUGCCAUGGGUGGAGCAAGGACAAAUGCUAGUAGUAGAAAGCCCAAUGUUAACAGUGCUGAGACUAAACAAAACUCGUCAGCUAAGAUAAACAAUGGUAAAAGAGUUCCAGCUGCAAAAGUGAGUCAGUCAAAUGACGUGGAUGAUCUUGAAUCCAUUUUCAGCAUGGCUCGGUCGAGCAGUGUACCAAAGUCAAGGACUCCAACUAUGAACAAAGGGAAACCUGAGGUAUCACCAAGGGUGCCAUCAGGAUCCCCAGCCAGUGUGAUGACACCUCCAGCAAUGACAUCUCUUGAUGACCUGUCACUGAUUUUUGGUGGUUCCCCAUCAUCUAAAUUCCAGGAGGUUGAAGGGGAAACUGAGGAAAGACGAAAAGCAAGAUUAGGACGUCAUCAGAGAUCACAAGAGCGAGCGUUGAAAGCAGUGGCUGAUAUGAACCAGCGUGAUCUUCAAACUAAGAUGGAGCAAGAAGAGAGGCGGAGAAUUGCUGAUAGUGUGGAUCCUCAGAUAAAGCGCUGGUCUGCAGGGAAAGAAGGCAAUAUACGGGCAUUGCUGUCAACAUUACAAUAUGUUCUUUGGCCAGAAUGUGGUUGGCAGCCAGUGUCUCUGACAGACAUGAUUACUUCCGCUGCAGUUAAAAAAGUGUAUAGAAAAGCAACUUUAUAUAUUCACCCAGAUAAAGUCCAACAGAAAGGUUCUACCCUGGAACAAAAGUACAUAGCAGAGAAGGUUUUUGACAUUCUUAAGGAAGCUUGGACCAGGUUCAGUGCAGAAGAGCUUUCUUAG